GACUGGAUUAUAAGCUAGUAAAUAAAAGAUGAUCGUCCCUUCAGGCUAUUCCCAAAAACAAAACCCUAAAAAGAUCGAGUCGGCGAAUCGUGAUCAGUACGCUCGCUCGCUCGCUUGUGCGAUCUUCCAUCCACUGGUCGUCAAUCGAUCCGAUGCCGUCGUCUUCCAAGUCCACCGCCAGGAAGAAAAAAAUUUACCAGGAUGAGGAUGAUGACGUUGGAGUUCGGUUGCGGUACUACGCCGGCAGCCGGUGCAAAUGCUGCCUAGAGCUUAACAGCAGGGAGAUCAAGCCACAGCCCGACGACGACGACUUUAUAACGCCCUCCGACGAUUUUGGGGGCGAUGAAUUUCUGAAGCUUCACGUCGUCCACUACCGGCGAAAGAUUUGGGAGACCGGGUGUUGGGACAUUGAUUGCCCGCCGAGAUACGGCGGCAUCGGCGGACAAGCUUACCCCGGAAAGCAUCUCUACGGCGACGAUAUGAAGACGGACGAGCUGCUUAUCGACAUGGCUCAACACGUCGUCGAUACAUAUAACAAGGAGAAGGGCGGUAGGUUGGUGUUGGGUGGAGUGCGGAACGUAUCCGCGGAGGGCUGUAAUUGGAGGAAUUUCUACAUAACUUUUAGCUGCCGCGAUGGUAGAGGUGCGCGUAAAAAGACGAAGAGGCGUUUGAAGACCUACAGAGCCGCCGUUUCCUGUCGCAUUUGGAGCGACAAAAAGGAGAAACAAAUUUUGGUCUUCAGGGACCCUAGUGGGAAAGAUUUGCUGCCGCCGGAUCCCUUCUACGGGUUCUUCACAACGCCUUUCCGUCCUCGUCCUGAGUUAGCUGAUCGGAAGGAUCGCGAAAAGGAAACCGGAGGAGUUGUAGUUGGGAACUCAGAUGAUGGUGAAUGAAGGUGGUGUUAAAGGAGGAUAUCGAAAAGGAAUCCUGAGGAGUUGUAGGCGGGAACUUAGAUUGCAGUUCGUGAAUGUCAUUUUGGUUACGGUUUUUCGUUUCUCUGACGGUAGUAGCUAGGUUAUUUGGUCGUGGUUCCUCGAGUUACUUUUUGGGUUGUCCCUUUGAUAUCUAACCUCUCAUCCGAUUCUCCCCGAGUCUGAUUCUCUCCCAUCACCGAUAGCUAGUCUUACUAGCCAAACUAUUGUAGUGGGAGAUGAAGCUGGUGUGAUGGUGAUUUGUGGUUGGCUGCCGUCGAUUUGAUACAGUGGAAGAGGGAGGAGUGAGCGAUUGAGCUUUUUUGCUUGUUCGUGUUUAUUGGAUUACUGAUCAUGUUGCGGUUACUUUACUUGUCAACCAAGUAACCGAGAGAGUCCUUGUCAUUAUUGUCUUAGGUUUCCUUGUUAAUUGUCGAAUAAGGAGACUUGUCCCAA